AUGACACUGUGUCUUCAUGCCAGAAAAUCAGGAAAAAGAAAACCAACUCGAAUUGGAUCUGCUACCAGUACAAAAUCAGCACCUAAUGGAGUUACUAAGGAUUCAUCACAGAAAAAACCAAUACUGAAAUCAAAUCUCCAUUUUAAAGAAAGAAAAAAUCCACCUCAGAGAGUUCGCAUUUUAUCAGGAUCAAGUUCACGGUCAACCCCAUCUGUAAUUGAACUCUCUCCCGUACCCAAAACAACAGUUACUCCCCCUGUUUCAAAUCGGAGGUUUUCAGCGGGAAAUGCUCAUCCACCUUUUGGUAAAUACAGAAACUCGCCGCCUUCACAUUUGUUAAGAUUGGAAACUCCAAAUACACCAGCAAAGAAAAAUGGCAGAAAAUUACGAGGAAACAAGUUUGAAGUUGUCCCCCCUGUUAAACCAAAGAAAGCAUUUGAAAAGAAGGUAGACUAUGAUAGUUGGGGAGAUGAUAGUGGCAAUGAGUCUGAUGGUGAACAAGUUCGGUACAUGCCCCACCCCCAUCCUGUAGCCUUCUACCCUCAACCAGCAAUUGUAUAUGGAGCUCCCUUUCCAGUAUAUUACCCCCCUCCUCCGAAAGGGGCGAAGGGAAGUAGGCGGUAUAAAGGAAAGAAGAAAGAACGAGGCUAUCGUGAUAUUUAUCAUGAUAGGAAGAAUGUAAAACGAAGAUCUAGACGGUCUCCUCUAGUCAAACGUAGAUCUGUCCGUCAACCACUAGUUGAAGACACACCCAGCGAUUCCAGUCCUACUUGUGUUACUGAUGUAUCGGAUGAUGAACGGCCCCAAUAUCAGUAUAUUUUUGCUGGACAUAAUACAUAUGAUCCUUAUGGUGAACAAAUUUCAAUGCAUUUUGCAUUACCAGCCAUGACACCGUUAACAAGUGACCGAACACCGAGUUUACAGGAGUAUUACAGACCUACGUUACAAGUCUGUGAGGAUUUUUUGGGGCGUGAAGUUGAUAAAAUGAUCAGAGAAAUAGUGCGAGAGAGUAUUAAUACAUUGGCAGAUGAUAUUAUAAUGGAGAAGGUAGAAUGUCGAGAUCCAGUAGAGGACUGGAUGAAUAGAUUAAUAGAUCAGACAGUUCAUCAGUGUUGUUAUGAUAUUGUGAAGGAGAGUGCGAUAGAACUAGCUGACGAACAUUUAAAUAACACCUAUAUGAAUAAUAUUAUAGAUGAUGUCAUUGAUGAUAUUAUAUUUGAAGUUGGACCUGCAGUGGUAGAUGAUGCAGUAUUUGAAACAUUACUUGACAAGUUUCUAGAAGAUGAAGUCAUACUACCAGAAAUUCUAGAAGAAUCUAAAGAAGUUUCUAAAGAAGUCAUACAAGGCUACGAUGAUAAAAUUACCCAACGAGAGUUAAAAGCUGUUACGUUAAAAGCAGAAGAUAAGUUAGCAGAUUCACUUUGUUUACAAUAUUUAUUAUCAACUAUAGCUAGACAAGGUCAAUUGUGGUCUGAGUCUGACUAUUCUAGUAGAUAUCUUGAUAAUUUGAUUGUGAAUACUUUAAUAGAACAGUUUAUGAAUGUAAUACAUGAUAGAGAGAAAACAUUAAAUAAUAAACCAUUGAAAAAACUUCAUCAAAAAGUUGUCACUGACGUGGCUCUGGAUGUCUUACUUCAAAAGUUGUCAGCCUCGCUGGAUGAAGAUGUAGCAGAUGUAGAUGAAUAUGAACGAGGUGUUGUGGAUGGACUUCAGCUUCCUGUUUUAUGA